AUGGGCGUCGAAGACAUCCACGAGUUCCUUCCAGGAACUGUUUCUCUACAAAUUGUUAAUCCUAACGUCGAAUUGAGGAAGAAAGGUCUACUAUCCAUCGACCUGGCGGUUAGAGACUUUAUAAAGGAGGGAAUUUCGGAUAAUAACGAUGGUUUCGUUCCAGAAAGUCCAGAUUCUGCGCGCAUCAUCAACAUAGAAUCUACAAUAAGACGUUUCAUGGAUCACAUAAAGUCCAAGUUCCUGGAUAAUCCAGACCCAAACUAUAGGAUUGGUGGACUAAUGGCUAUAGCUUGUACCGCUUUGGCCCUGGAUGAUCAUUUGAGCAAAUACGCCGAUAGCUUCAUCCAACUGGCUCUGGCGUCGUUUUAUGAUCAGGAUAUCAAAGUUCGUUACUAUUCUUGCGAGUCUCUGUAUAACAUAAUGAAAAAGUGUAAACGUAACGCCAUGAUGCGAAUAGGGGAGGUGUUUGAUGGAAUAUGCAAGCUAUCCUCUGACCCUGAUGAAGAUGUAAAGUACGCCUCGCAAAUAUUGAAUCGCUUGCUAUGUGAUAUCAUUUUAGAAUGUGAUGAAAUUCCCGUUGAUUUGAUGACUGACAUACUAUCCAAUCGCAUUUUUGUUUUGAAUCCAUUCAUAAGACAACUUAUUAUAUCAUGGAUUGUGACUUUAAACUCCAUUCCACGAAUAAACAUGAUUGACUACCUUCCAAAAAUUUUUCUAGGAUUGUUCAAUAUGUUGACGGAUAUUAACAAAGAUGUUAGGAAUUCUGCAGAGUCAUGUUUAAACGAUUUUCUCUUUUCCCUAGGAAAGAGGUACUCUUCCAAAACUAGUAUGAUAAGUGAAGAAUUAUUCAAAGUGGUUCUACUGAAUUGUAAAAGACCAGAAUUCCUUAUUAAACUCCCAAACAUAACUUGGAUGCGUGAAAUUGCGCGUUUGCAACCACAAAUCAUACACUUUGUAAGAAUAACGCAUAAAUUAUAUUCAAUUGUACAGAAAGGAUUUCCUCUUUUUUUGGACCAUAUUAUGGUCUGUAUAUCGGAUUCUAGAUCAGAAAUAAGUAAGAUUGCACAAGAUGCCAAUAAAAUUUUGUAUUCAACGGUUACGGAUUUACAAACGUUUUCCUAUGUUAAUGAAUUAACCAAAACCUUAUCUGCACGACUAGACGAUUCAACAAAUGAACUUGUUAUGCUUUCUAUUCUCGACUGGUUUUGCCUGCUUCUUAAAACGUGUCCUUCCAAGAUGAUUUCGAUAUCCGCUGUUUUGUCAAAAUCUGUUAUAUUAUGUUUCAAACAUUCGCAUUCAGAGGUCAUAAUGGAGCAUACAUUACGGACAUUGUUACUUGUAAUUUUUCUUGGGGACGAACAAUUUGAAUUGCUUGCACAGCAACUUUUGGAGUUUUUCAAGUCUGAAAAAUCUUUGCUUGAGGAUAGAGGAAGGAUUGUAUUGUUGAAUCUAUGCAAACAGGUCGGAUUUGAAAGGUUUUACAAGAUAAUUACUGAUUGUAUGAAAAAGGAAGACAAUAAAGAGUUUUUGCACAAGAUGGUACACUCUCUCAAUUGGACCCUUCUUACAUCAAACGAAGCCGAAGAAUUCAGGAAUAGUCUUCUAACUGGAGAGAGAAAAACUUUAACUAGACAGCUUCAGGACAUUUGGAAGCAAGACUUGCCUUCCGCUCUUUCAUUCGCGCUGUGGACUGAAAAUUAUGACUUGGCUCUUCAGAUAGUUGACAAAAUCCCUUUGCACCCUCUAAGUGUUGACUUUUUGGUAAAUCUGGACAAGGUUGUACAAUUGUUGGAUACACGCAUUUUCAUCCGACUUCGCUUGCACCUCCUGAAACCGCACAAAUAUCCUACACUAUUAAAAUCGCUUUUAGGAAUAUCCAUGAUCUUACCACAAAAUGAGACAAAUCGAUCGUUGAUAAGACGGCUAAAAAUAUCGCAACUUACGCUAAUCGGAGAGAAUAUACAUGGUAAACACGUAUCGGAUAUAGAGUAG